GCUUUUCUACAUUUGCUUUUGGCUUUGAGUAAAUACAAGUUCAACGCCCAGUAUUGAAUUUGGAAGCUUUUUAAGUUUCAUUAAUCAUAUUGAUAUUCUAUCUUUUAAGAACGGAAAGGAAGGCGGCGCAUUAAAUCAAUCUGCCACAGUACAACGACGUCAUGGAGCAGUCAUGGAUGCCUUUUGAAUGAAAACGCACGUGCAGCGCUGUAGUAUGUCGUCGUCUGAAAAUUCGCCACCCAUUCCAGCUAUUUAUCAUCCGAUCAUCUCUCCCCACUUGCACAGCAUCCGAGGCAAGUCUCACCUGUACGAUCACGUUAUAAGACGACGACAAAUAAAUGUCGCUGAAUAUCUGAUGAGUUUGCAACCGAUACUCCUUCCUCCUUCAUAAGUUCCACUGGAGAAGAUCGUCUAGAUGAUCUACCGUUGCUUCUUCGAUUUAGUUUGAAUUCAUCCGCCAACGGUAACAGACACCUGGGGUUAAACGUUACCAGCAAGUGAUUAUAGUACUCCCACGAAUCAGAAUUUAGACAUAAUCAUGAUGUCGGGUGGAAAGAUCGCCAUUACGGUCGUGAUCUGUACGAUGGCGCUGUUCUAUCACGCACAAAGUCAAUCUUGCCCCGAAAAAAAUGGCCGCUAUCCUGUGUCCGAUCAGUGUGAUGCGUACAUCGAGUGUGUGGACGGUGAACCACGAAGACAGCUGUGUCCGGACGGUUUACUGUUCAACGACAAGGCAUCACUGUUCUCAUACCCGUGUCAGUAUCCGAUUGAUGUCGACUGUGGCAGCCGUGCUCGGACACAACCUCCAAUCCCGACGGAGGACUGUCCACAUCAGUUUGGUUACUACAAGGUGGGCGAUAGAGCCAACUGUGGACAGUUUAAGAACUGCGCCGGUGGCACGGCAUUCGUUCUCGAUUGUCCCACCGGGUUAGCGUUCAACUCGGCCACAUACCAGUGCGAUUGGGCGGACCUGGUGGAAGAUUGUGAUGCCGAGGCGUACCUUGGUUUUAAGUGUCCACCGCAGGCCCAAGGAUUGAUCCAGCCGGUGCGUUUCUUCCGGGCACCGAAUGACUGCCAGAAAUAUUUCCUCUGCGUCGAUGAUAGGCCGAGGGUCAACUUUUGCGGUCCGGAACAGGCCUUCAACGAGCUGAUAAACGCGUGCGAUGGAAUCGCCAAUGUAACCGGAUGUGCCUAGAUUUGGUUGGUGGUUAGAUUAAGCUCUUAACUAAUACUCGAAUACGUGCGUGUUAUGUUAAAUGAUAUAGUCGCACUCCACAAUGGCGUUCUUUGGCGUGUGCGAAUAAACUGAUCACCCAGCGAA